AUGGAUGAAUAUUCAGCUACCCCAUAUAAUAUGGAUUACAUAGAGGAUAUGAUUGCCUUCAGAGUAGUUUUAGCUAAUGGAAUGAAUUUAACAGAUUAUGAAAAAAUGGUUGGUAAAGUUUAUUUAAGUUAUGUAGGCGAUUUUAGAUACACUGAUAGUGCAGGCAAUCAAAAAAAUAAAACAUUUUUUGCUUAGCCAUGUGUAGAUCCUUCUCUAAAGGGAUAUCAGUGUUUUAACACUUAGUAAUUAAAUGGUGUAGAAACAGAUAAUUUUACAUUUAACUAUGAUCCAUCAAAAACAAUAUAAGAUAAAUUAGCGUUAUAUGUAGCAGCUUGUAUUUAAGACCUGUUGCCUUAGGGAUAAUUUUGUGCUGUUAACCCUAUAGAAUACGCUUAAGUAUUGUACAAUGUAUUUGGAUACUUUGAAACAAGAAUAAAGUUAAUGCAAUUUAACACUAAGUCAAAGAAAUUUGAGACUAAGAUUAAAACAGAAUAAUAUAUGUUUGAUGAAAGUUUAGCUUUUUAUAGUAAAUAUACAUUUUAAAAGACUGAUUUGAAAUUGAUUGAUGGAUUUGUUAUUUAAUCUACUGUUCAUGAUUCUUAACUAUCUGAUUAUACUAGAGUAGAUUCAGCAAUAAGUUAAUCUUAUCUAUUUAAAGCAUUCAAAUCAUAAAUAUAUGGGGGUUUUUAUUUUAUGCUAGGACCAAAUAACUUAGAAUGUUCUGUUUAAUAUCCAUAGUUUACUUCUUUAUUAGCAUAGUUCUCUAGUGUUUUUAAUACCUUACUAAUGAUAGGAUUAAUUAGUAGGAUGUUAGCCCAAACAGAAAUAGUUUAAGACUUUGUUUCUCUACACUUAUAGGUCUAUUAUAAAUAAACUGCUGCUGAAUUAUUACAAGAGUAAGAAAAGAACAAUAGCUAAGGUAAGAAAAACAACUACGGCAUUUACAAAUCUAUUCAAGAGCAAGGCUUUAAGAAAAAAUUCAAAGACUAUCUUAAUAUUAGUACAUUUUAAAGAAUUAAAAUGUCGAUGACAAACAGUAAAAAUAAAGUUUAAGAUCAGUAACAGUCAAAAUAAAUGCAAAUGUACAAGCAAAUUUUAAAUGAGUCAAUCUAAUCAUUAGAUAUUUAUGAAAUGCAAAAAGAGCUUCUAAGAGUUAAAAUAAUGCUUAGAAUGAUGUUUUCCGCUGAAUAAUAUGCUGCAUUAUAACUUUGUGGAAGCAGAUUAAAUUUAGAUAAUUUAGAAUCGGAUAAUUUAUAAUAACCAUAAUCAAGACAGGAAUCUGGAACAACAAAUAAUUAACUUCAAUAAGACUAAGUUUCAAACUCUAAAGCUUAAAAUACUAAAAAUUAUAUUCUACCAUCAACUAAUUAAUAAAUUUAAAAUGAUAAUCAAAAUUUAGCAUUUAAUAUAACUUCGAUUAACCAGAUUAAAUAAAAUAAAAAUAAUAAUUCCAAUAUUUCAAAUCACCUUGAAGUAAUUGACCAAAUUGAGAGAGAUGAAACCUAAUUUUAGAGAUAUUUAGAUUAAUUUAUAUAAAAUAAUAAGACACCAACUUCAGAAAUAAACAAAAGAAUAAUUUAAUCCAUGAUCAAUUGUAAUAAUGUCAACUAAAUGCCCAUAGAAAAUUUUGAUAUAGAAUCUUAAAAGUAGCUAUUUAAAGAAUGA